GAAACAGUCAGACUGUUUGUUCUGUGCAGGGAAGCGGCUCUCUUUGCUGAUCAACCUGUCGUAAAUCGCCGUCAGGUUGGAGGUUUGUUCACACUAAGGGGUAUCGGGAGGGUGACAGGUGCAGCAGGGUUCACCCCGCAUGCGCACGUCGACCCGAGGGUGGGCAGAAUGCAGGGAAUGUUGGGCACGCCGGCCAGGGGGAGCCCCUCUCUUCACUCGCCGGUAACCGCGGCCCCGCAGCCCGCCCCGAUGUUUCUCUAACGUCCCGGUUCCGGUCGCCGUUUCAUCCCGAAUCUGAGGGACCAUGGAGGUGGUACAAGACGUGGCGGAGGUGUUCGCCACCCUGCCGAUGUUCCCCGUGUUCAACGCCUGCCAUUACACACUGAUGAUCCUCACCACCAGAUAUGACACAGGCUCUCUAGCACUAUCGCGGAGUAAUCCCCUGGCUAACUGGGUGGCCUCCAUGAUCGCCUGCUUUGGAGGCUACAUCCUGGCAGACCUGCUGCUCGGGCACUCCGUCCUGUCGUUCCUAGCGCACCCGGAAGAUGUCGUUCUUGCAUCGGCUAUUUGGUACCUCCUGUUUUACUGCCCGAAGGAUCUGUUCUACAAGAUUAUCUCCAUCCUGCCCCUCAAACUUGUUAUCACCGCCCUGAAGGAGACUGCGCGCGUGCGCAAACUGGUGGCGGGGAUCGGGGCGGCCGCCAAAGUGUACCCGCACAGUCUACUGGCCCAGGUCAUCGUAGGGGUGGCCAAAGCAUGCGGUAACGAGUUCCUGCUGAACUUCGAGCAGGCCGUGCGCGGCGUGUGGAAACCGGACAUCAACGCAAUCCUCAAGCCUUCCUUCUCGAUCAAGGCGUGUGUAGUGGGAGCAGUCCUGAUCAUCCUGGGUCGGACCGACAUCCUGAUGGGGAUCAGUCAGGAGAUGGUGGUCCUGGCCGUCUCCCUCUGGCUCAUCUCCGUCGCCGUCUCCAUGAAGGCCUUCCACGCUGAUGACCCCUUCAAGCCCGUAGAGAACUUGUUUAGUCCCUUCAUUUUCGGCAGCGCGGAUAGUCUGCCGGCCGACGCGCACCACCACCACCCGCCGGCACCCGAGCCCGCCACGCCGACACCCAAACCGGCGGGAGGCAGGAGGAGAGGGAAGGCAGCCAAGGCCGACUAACCACGGUCAAGACUCCGACAAACACGUGGAAUACACUCUGGAGUGCACAGGUGCUAGCGUAAGGGGACAGUGCAGAGCAGAUGUAAGAGACAUCACCCGUAACAAGCCAAGGAAGGCAGCCUCAGCCCAGAAGUUGGGAGAGGGAGUUCUGAGAUAAUUCAGCCCUGUUCUUCGAUAUGGUCUAAGGGCUGUGGACCAGACUUCUGUUGCUUAUGUUUUAUUGCCUCCUUUUUUACGGCUGGGAAAGUGGUUUGAGGUAUUGACUAUUGUCAUAGAUAGCCAUUUUCGUUGUAGAAAUUAUUCUCUCUAUGCAAUAAAUAGAAUGGCGUGUGCGAAGAACGAGAAGCAAGUAGUAUUUUGGCGUUUUAGGUCAGUAGUGUUUGGGCACUAAUUACCACAUAAUGUGUAUUUUGGGCUUUUUACACUAUCUUUAAGUGUUUGAAACACGAAUGGCGUCUGCAAUGGGAUAGGAGGAAUGCUGGAGUUACUUGUACGGCAAGUAACAGUAUUUUGAAAUUAGACAGGCGAACUCUAUUGAAAAGUGCCAAUGAAGCGAAUUACUCCCUGCUCGAAAUGUAGCACGUUACCACACAAGUGGUACGAAAGAACUUUUAUCAAUAGCUAUAUACGAAUAUAUUACUUUAAUAACGCUAUGAUAUCUCGUCUUGAUGUAAAGCAAUAAAGAUGUAAGAAGAUUUAACGUUGUAAUGAAACUUGUUCACGCUUGUAUUUGAUGUUAGAUGUAAACGUGCACGUACGUGUCUCAUUCACUUCAAUGGUAGACAUGUCCACUGUUGGCAAAUUCUUUUUUGUUUUCCUUGCAAUUGAAUCAUGUUCAAUACAAUCAAGUGUGCAUUUUUAAUAACUAGGUAAAUGUUGGCUUAAGAACUAUUCAGUGGAUUUUUAACUUAAACCGAACACUGUCAAAUCUGCACCCCUAUCAUCUCUUGAGUUUAUGCUGAUGAACGUUUUUGUUCGUAAAUU